AUGAUAUUUUUUUGUUUCACCGUUCGCGAUGCAGAUGGAAGAUUCGUCGUCACGCUUCCCAAGAAGGAGUACAUCAUCGAGCAACUGGGAGAUUCAAAGGCCAUAGCAUUGAAACGAUUUCACGGAUUGGAAAGACGACUGGAAGCAAACGACACGUUGAAAAGAUUGUAUGGCGAGCUCAUUCAGGAAUACCUGUCCAUGGGUCAUAUGCGAGAAAUUGACCAAGAAUAUUGCGAUGCACGGUCCUAUUACAUGCCUCACCAUGCCGUAUUGAAGCCCGAUAGCACAACCACAAAGCUAAGGGUGGUAUUCGACGGCUCUUGCCGUUCGUCGUCGGGAUUAUCCUUGAAUGAUGGACUGAUGGUAGGACCCGUCGUACAGGAGGACUUGCUGUCCAUCAUAUUGCGUUUUCGUUUUUGGAGAUUUGUGUUAGUAGCGGACAUAGCUAAAAUGUACCGUAUGGUAAGAGUAGCAGAUGCAGAUCAAUCACUUCAGCGGAUCUUGUGGAGAAAUUCACCGAACGUGUCAGUGAGAAUUUUCCAGUUGACCACAGUCACAUAUGGCACCGCUUCCGCGCCUUAUCUCGCAACCAAGUGUCUUCAACGUCUUGCAAGUGAUGGUGCAACCUCGCAUAAAGCAGCAGCGAAGGUCAUUGAGAAGGAUUUUUAUGUCGACGACCUGUUAACGGGCACGGACAGCUUGGGAGAAGGAACAGUUCUCACAUCAGAACUCAUUGAUCUUACUAGUUCGGCAGGGUUUGAGUUGCGCAAGUGGAGUUCCAAUAGCUUUGAACUUCUUUCGUCUAUUCCACCUCAUCUCCGAGACGAUCGUACCAUACUGGAACUCGAUUCGUCCAGAUCCACAGUCAAAACGCUAGGGCUAAUAUGGGAGCCUAGCAAUGACUGUUUUCGAUUUGCUGUACCGCACUGGAGCACUGAGACCGCCAUCACCAAACGUAUAGCACUGGCCGACACAGCUCGCAUCUUCGACCCUCUCGGUCUAAUCGGUCCAGUCAUCGUACAGGCUAAAAUUUUCCUCCAAGAACUUUGGAAGCUUAAAUCGAAUUGGGACGAUCCGUUACCAAAAGAGCAUCAGAACUUCUGGGUCGAGUAUCGAUUGAAUCUAUCCGCUCUCGACACACUCUCAGUUCCAAGAUGGACGGGCUUCAGAAGCACCCUAGCUUCAACGGAAAUCCACGGAUAUUGUGACGCUUCAGAGGUAGCAUACGGCGCUUGUUUGUACAUUAGGUGUAAAUCAGUCGACGGGUCAGUCACUGUUCGGUUGAUUACAUCCAAAUCUCGAGUUGCGCCACUAGAAGAUCUCACUCGGAAGAAAAAGAAACAAUCCAUCCCCCGAUUGGAGCUUUCCUCAGCAUUACUGCUUAGUCAUCUCUAUGAAAAGCUAUGCAGUAGUUUCGAACCACCCGGCAAGGUAUAUUUUUGGACAGAUUCCAUGAUAGUGAAGUGCUGGCUAUCAUCGUUACCUUCCCGGUGGCAAGCAUUCGUUGCCCAUCGUGUAUCAGAGAUACAGCAUAUCACUAAGAAGGGAGUGUGGAACCACAUCGCCGGUGCAGACAAUCCGGCAGAUAUAAUUUCGCGGGGAAUGACACCCACACAACUACAGUAUCAACCUCUGUGGGUCCUCUGUGGGUAUGUCGAGCGCAUUCUACAUGGCUAA